AUGAGACUUAGCAACUUGAUUCUGGCUGCCAGUGCCGCUGGAUUGGCCUCAGCCUACCCUCGUGGACGGGAUGUCAUCCCUAGCAAGCGGAGUGCCUUGAAAAAGCGCUCCUCUGGCUUCACCUGGGUCGGUUGUAACGAGUCUGGUGCAGAAUUCGGUACUGCCAUCCCCGGAGCUCUGGGUACGGACUACACCUGGCCCACCACAGCCAAUAUCCAGGUCCUGCGCGAUGCUGGCAUGAACAUCUUCCGAGUUCCCUUCUUGAUGGAGCGUCUGGUACCUGACAGCAUGACUGGCUCGCUGGCUACUACCUACUUCGAUGAUCUUAAGACUACUGUCGAAUUCAUCACAAACAGCGGCGCUUAUGCUGUUCUUGACCCCCACAACUACGGAAGAUACAACGGCGAUAUCAUCACCUCCACUUCCGACUUCGGAACCUUCUGGACGACUGUGGCCACCGAGUUUGCAAGCAACAAUCUGGUGAUCUUUGAUACAAACAACGAGUACCACGACAUGGACCAGUCUCUGGUUCUGGAGCUGAACCAGGCAGCUAUUGACGCUAUCCGUGCCGCUGGCGCCACUACCCAGUACAUCUUCGCCGAGGGCAAUGCUUACACCGGUGCCUGGUCAUGGACCACCUACAACGACAACAUGUCCAACUUGACCGAUACUGAGGACAAGAUCAUCUACGAGAUGCACCAGUACCUGGACUCCGACAGCUCCGGUACUUCCGAGACCUGUGUCAGCAGCACCAUUGGACAGGAACGUCUGGAGUCGGCCACUCAGUGGCUCAAGGACAACAACAAGAAGGGUUUCAUUGGCGAGUUCGCCGGUGGUGUUAACUCCGUUUGCGAGACCGCCGUUGAGGGUAUGCUCAGCUACAUGAGCGAGAACAAUGAUGUCUGGAUGGGUGCUGAGUGGUGGUCUGCUGGUCCCUGGUGGGGAACCUACAUGUACAGCUUGGAGCCAACUGAUGGUCCAGCCUACUCGACCUACCUCCCCAUUCUGGAGAAGUACUUCGUCUCCAGCUCUACUUCUACCUCUACCUCCAGCUCCUCUUCCAGCUCUUCUUCCAGCUCUUCUUCCAGCUCUACUACCUCCACUUCCACUACUACAUCCGCCUCAAAGACUACAGUCGUUGCUGUUGCUGAGACAACUACCUCUUCCGCUGCCGAGAAGACUACCUCUGUUGCUGCCGAGCCCACUACCACCCCCAACAGCCAGGUUGAGGUCCCUAGCCCCUCUGCUGACUCUGUCACCACUUCAUCUACUGCUGUCCCUGUUGCUACCUCUGAGACCACCACCUCAGUCGUCUCCAUCUCCGUCUAUGUCCCUCAGGCUACAUCUACUACCUUUGCCAUUGCUACUUCCUCCACCCAGUCCUCAUCUACUGCUGCCUCGGCCUCCGCAACCGGUGAACUUGUUGCCCACUACUACCAGUGUGGUGGUAUUAACUGGACUGGUGGUACUGUUUGCGAGGCUCCCUACAUCUGCAAGGACCAGAAUCCUUACUACUACCAGUGUGUUUAA